GCUCAUUUGGUUUGCAUGUAGACUCACGCAGUCCUGUAUGUCCGUAUCCCACUUUCAACAUGCAGUAGUGCAGGUUCCUAACACAAAUCUCCUGCUAUACAUAGAGAAUUAUAUUGGUUUAUAGCAAUAUAUUGUUGCUACCUUGUCUUGCCAAGAUUGGUCAUUUUCUUUUCUAUUUGCCCCUUGAUCAAACUCUAGCUUCACAAUCCACAAAAGAAGAGAGAAAGGCAAGUGUUUCAAUUUGGGAUAAUGAGAACAGAGGGGACGAUACUGCUGGUUAGGGUGACGAUGUUAUUGGGCUUGAUAAAGUGGGCGGCCAGUGGGCUUGAUAAGGUGGGCGGCAAAUAUGGCUGGACACAGAAUGUUAACUACACUGAUUGGGCGGUUCAUCGCCAUUUUUACGUCGGCGAUUGGCUUUAUUUUGUAUUUGACAAGCAUCUUUACACUGUGCUUGAGGUGAACCAAACCAACUAUGAGCAGUGCUUUGAUCAUGAGUUUAUAACAAACAUUACAAGGGGCGGGCGAGAUGUUUAUCAGCUAACUCAGGCAAGACCUUAUUACUUUAUCAGCAGUGGAGGUUACUGUUUCCAUGGAAUGAAAUUAGCUAUAAAUGUUGAACAACCUUUGCCAGCUUCUCCUGCACCUUCUUCUUUUUCAUCAGCCAAAAUUAAUGCUUCUCCACCACAGAUUGGCAAACAUUUUAUUACACCAGCUGUUACCUUUGUGGUUACUCUUGUUUGGGUCCUCUUGUUUGCUCGUGCUAGAUCGUUUUGA